CGGUGUGUAGAAGGCGAUCACGGCGUAUCGCACCUAGAAACAAUAAAGUAAUAAACUGUAAUAUAAUGAGCGUAUGCAUAAUUGGGGCCGGAACAGCGGGUCUCUGCUGUGCCCGUCACUCGAUUGAAAAUGGCUUCCAGACCACAGUAUUUGAACUGUCCGAUCGAAUCGGUGGAACCUGGGUUUACAAUGAGGCAACAGGUGUUGUUAACGGGAUUGAUGUCCACAGCAGCAUGUACAAGAAUUUACGAACAAAUCUGCCAAAGGAAGUAAUGGGCUUUCCCGACUUUGAAAUUGGCAAAAAUAAGUUUUCCUAUGUUAGAUCCGACGAGAUCUGUGAUUUCCUGAAUCAAUACGCGGAUAACUUUAAUCUAAGGAAGCAUAUAAAGUUCAGUUCCUAUGUUAUUCGAGUGGUGCAAAGGAAAUCAAAGUGGCAAGUUCUUUCUAAAAAUGUUGUUACAAACAAAAUAGAGAUCCAUUACUUUGAUAAGGUUAUGGUGGCCAAUGGCCAUUAUCACACACCGAACUUUAGUAAAAUUCAAAAUAUGAAUCGAUUUGCGGGCGACUACUUGCACAGCCAUGAUUUCAGAACCAAGGAAAUUUUUGAAGGUAAAUCCGUUUUGGUUAUUGGAGCUGGCCCUAGUGGCAUGGACCUAUCUAACAUCAUUUCUCGAUCGGCGGCGAGAGUUACAAUAAGUCACCACUUGGCUGAUAUCGGGAAAAACAUAUUCUUUGAAAAUGUCCAACAGAAGCCCGAUGUGCGGGAGCUCGAUGAGAAGGGUGCCUUUUUUGUUGAUGGAUCCUACGAACAGUUCGACACCAUUUUCUUCUGUACCGGAUAUAAGUAUGCAUUUCCCUUCUUGAGUGUGAAUUCUGGGAUUCAUGUGGAGGACAACUAUGUCCAAGAGUUGUAUAAGCAAUGCAUUAAUAUAAGAAACCCAUCGAUGGCCUUAAUUGGAUUGCCAUUUUAUGUUUGUGCCGCUCAAAUGAUGGACAUUCAAGCGAGGUUUAUCAUGAGCUACUAUAAUGGAUCGAAUGAGCUUCCUUCUACAGAUGAAAUGCUGAAGGACACCCACGAUAGAAUGACCAAGCUCUGGGGAGAAGGCUAUAAAAAGCGCCAUGCCCAUAUGUUGGGACCAAAACAAGUUGACUAUUUCUCUGACUUGGCAAAAACUGCCGGAGUUAGGAAUAUAAAAGCUGUUAUGACAAAAUUGCACAACGAGAGCAGCAAAUGUUUCAAUGAGAACUUGCUCCAUUUCCGGGAAGAUAAUUUUGCAAUUGUGGAUGAUGAAACUUUUAUAAAAUUAAAUUAGAUUGGAUAAAAAAAUAUUUUGCUUUUAAUAAACGAAUAAUAAUCCUGAAA